AUGGCUGGUGACAACCCCCCCGCUGCUGGGGAGCCGGCCAUGCCCACCCGAAUUUCUUACUGGCGCCUUCUGCUCGACCAGGGCGUGCUUACCCAAGAAAUCCUCGAUUAUCCAUGGGAGGGCUCUGGCACGGAAGACGACCCAUACCUCGUCACCUGGAUUCCUAACGAUCCUCGCAAUCCCAUGAAUUUCCCCGCCUGGCGCAAAUGGCUGUAUACUAUAACCGUGGCUUGGGCCACACCUCGCUGUGUCAUUGGUCUCGUCAGCGUACAGUGGAGGAGUCGAGCAAAUAAUGGAAAGUUUUCAUGUGGGCACUGAGGUAGCCACGCUCGGCAUUUCGCUCUUCGUGCUGGGCUUCGCUAUCGGCCCUCUGCUCUGGGCCCCCAUGAGCGAGCUCUGGGGCCGUCAAUACCUCUUCUUUGUCAGCUAUUGUGGGCUGGCGGCGUUCAACGCCGGCAUCACCGGCUCCAAGAACAUCGAGACCCUUAUCGUCCUACGCUUCUUCGCGGGCGCGUUCGGAUCGUCGCCCUUGACAAACGCCGGAGGAGUGGUGGCGGAUCUGUUUCCCGCGAAGCAGCGGGGGUUGGCCAUGAGUAUCUUCGCAGCGGCACCGUUUAUGGGUCCAACCAUCGGCCCGGUUUGCGGAGGCUUCCUGGGGAUGAACGCGGGGUGGAAGUGGGUAAUGGGCUUCUUGGCUGCUUUUUCCGGUCUUCUCUGGAUCAUCGGUAGUCUGGUGGUGCCGGAGACCUACGCCCCGGUGUUGUUACAGCAGCGCGCAAAGAAGCUGACCAAGGUGACGGGAAAGAUUCAUCGAAGCAAGACGGAGGCGGAGAAGGGGAAGGUGCCCUAUUCCACCGUCUUCAAGACAGCCCUGUCGCGGCCGUGGCUUCUUCUGUUCCGCGAGCCGAUCGUCUUCCUAUUAUCCAUAUACAUGGCAAUUAUCUAUGGGACGUUAUACAUGAUGUUCGCAGCAUUCCCAAUUGUGUACGAGGAGCUACGCGGUUGGAACCAGGGCGUCUCGGGUCUAUCAUUCCUGGGGGUCAUGGUAGGCAUGAACAUAGCAGUCCUGUACAGCAUCUGGGAUAAUAAGCGGUAUGAAAGGACUGAUGAAGCUCACAAAGGAUUUGCACCUCCAGAAGCGCGUCUCCCUCCAUGUCUGAUGGCCUCGGUGAUGAUCCCCUUGGGCCUCUUCUGGUUCGCUUGGACCAAUUACCCUUCGAUCCACUUCAUGGCGAGUAUCGCGGCCUGUGUGCCUUUCGGGUUCGGAAUGGUGCUGGUCUUCCUCAGCUUAAUGAACUACCUUAUUGAUGCCUACACCAUCUUCGCAGCCUCGGUGCUGGCCGCCAAUUCAGUUCUGCGCUCGAUCUUUGGCGCCGUCUUCCCGCUCUUCACGACCUACAUGUACCACAACCUGGGGGUUCACUGGGCCUCCAGCAUUCCCGCAUUCCUGGCGCUCGCGUGCGUGCCAUUUCCUUUUCUAUUUUAUAAAUAUGGCCCGGCGAUCCGAACUCGGUGCAAAUAUUCAGCGCAGUCGGAUGCCUUUAUGAGGAGGCUGAUGGAGCAAAGCACGCGAGACAAUCGUCAGCCGGAGCCGGAGAAAGAAGAAGCUGCGGAGAAAGAGACAGAAGUGUCGCCGGUUCAGGCCUCUUCAUCUACGCUCGGGGAGAAGUCGCGACUCGGUGAUCUCCCUGCCGUGGCAGCCGAAGACACUGCUCGGACCCACUCGAUAGCGUCGCAAGGGUCGCGGCGACCGGGCUCUGUGAAGGCAGAGUCUGUGUACGAAGGGAAUCCGUAUGACGUUGACCGAGUGAAUACUCGUGAGUCUUUCAAAGAUUGA